UCCGCGCGGGCAUACUUCACCUGUCCGAAAUCAUGUGCUUUGUAAGCUCCCGACUCGGAAGUUCGCCGCCGAGGUCGCAGUGCACAUUAAAAGCCCGCUUUGAUCGGUCCUGACAAGGAAAGUCGCGAGCUUUAUGCAGACGCGCGAAAUACGAACGCGACCGACGAUAUUCGAUGUCGACUUGAACUGUCGCGAUAAUUGUUUAUGUCGGCUUUGAAUUUGCGAUUGGCGGGUGCACGAUGUGAGGGGAUUCAUUUUUGUGCUGCAGCAUAAUAUGGAGAAUGUGUGAAGUGUUAUGGUGCGGCGAGAUUUUUUAGCGCGAUUUAAAAUGCUUCUGGUAUGGACCGUGCUCAUUGUGAACGUAAUCAGAGGUAAUGGAUUCGAAUCGACCAAUUGCGUCUUUAACUCUAUGUGCUCGUGUUCGGCCGCCCAGGAUGAUCCCGCAAUACUCCACAGCGUUAGCUGUCUGGCGGUGCCAUUCUACAAAUUUCCAAGUAUACCCGAAGCAUCGAUCAGUCAGCUGGAAGUGGUCGGUUCCCUUACGACCAGCCUGGAAGCGGAAAGUCUAUCAAGUUGCCAAAUUCAGGCCUUCAUCCUCAGCAACAACCAUUUGCAAUACGUUUCGGAAAGAGCUUUUAGCUCGUCGUGGAAAAGCCUGACCUCGCUGGAUCUCGGAUACAAUCAGUUAGACGGCGUUCCGUUCGUUGCACUGCGGGAUCUACGUAGUCUGCAAUGGAUUAAUUUACAUGGGAAUCAGGUAUCGACUGUGACCGGCGACUGGUCGCACAUGAAAUCCACCCUGGCCACCCUCUUCUUGGGGGAGAACGACAUCGCCGAAAUGACAGCCGAUUCGACCGCCGCGUCCCCCGUUCCCCAUCAGCAGUUACCCCAUGCCGGCCUGCGUCAACUCAAGGGCCUCAUUUGGCUGAACCUCGACGGAAAUCGGAUUCACAAAAUUCACAAACACGCCCUGCCCCCCGCCUUGCAGACGGUCAGCGUUUCGCAUAAUUUGAUCGAGAACUUUCCGCUCGAUAUUAUCGCCACAAUACCUCAUUUACAAUGGCUGUAUUUACGAGGCAAUCAAAUCCGGACCAUACCGGAACACACGUUCGCCCGGAAGCUGUGGCUCGAGAAGAUCGAUCUUAGCGAGAACCACGUCAAAGCCUUGCCCAGGAAACCGUUUAAUAACUCGAUUUACAUCAGAGAUUUGAACAUGGCGUCCAACGACUUUACGACAAUCACCGACGACAGUUUCGCGGGGUUGGACUGUCGCAGGAUCAUUUUAUCUUACAACUUGAUCGAGAACGUCGACGACGGCGCCUUCAACGGAAUCGUCGACACGCUGGAGUAUCUGGAUUUGGACCACAACAACCUAAAGCAAGUGCCACUGGCGGUGACGCUGCUAACCUCGCUGAAAUACCUCUACCUAUCGUUUAAUUCGUUGAGCGAGAUAUCCGGCGACGCGUUGGAAAACUUCAGCCACAGUUUGAAAGCGAUCAGCUUAAGCGGCAACAACCUGCCGCAAAUCCCCUCGGAAACUUUAAGGAACUGCUCGAAAAUCUCCUAUUUUAAUAUCGGUUUUAACAAGAUCUACGACAUAGAGGACGGCGACUUCUCCGAAUGGGGCUCGGGCAUUCAAACUUUGAUACUAAAUAACAACCGUAUCACCAAUUUGAACGGUAAAAUAUUCGCGGACCUUCCCGAGCUGCGCGAGCUGAGCCUCAGCUUCAAUCCGCUGAGAUUCAUCGAGACUGACGCGUUUUACGGCCUCGACGGUCUCGAAACUUUGGAACUGUCGUUCAGCAUGGACCGCGACGACUUGCCCCACGAAAUUUUUCAAAGUUUAACGCGACUGCAGUUCCUGUCCCUCGACCACAAUAACUUCCACGAGAUUAACCCGGAAUCGUUCGACCCGUUACGGGAACUCGCCUAUCUCAACCUCGAAUCGAACAAAAUCCACCUGAUUCCGCCGAAACUUUUUAAACCGGACACACAUUCCAAUCUAAAAGACGUCAGAUUUUGCAAUAACGAGCUCGCAUUCAUUUUAUCGGAUACGUUUCGAUCGCUGAGCAAUCUGGAAACGGUCGCGCUCUCCGAUAAUAAAAUUAAAUACCUUCAAAUUGGGAGCUUUAGCGAUCUGCCGCGGCUUAACAAAUUGAUCCUGUCCGACAAUUCGAUAAGUCGCAUCAGCACGGGCGCUUUUUCGAAUCUGUCUUCCCUGACCAAACUAGACUUGCAGUCGAAUCAAUUGGCCGAGAUAUCGUUCAAGCAAUUCGUCAACGUGACCGGCCCGCUCUUUUUGAACCUAAGCCGUAAUCAGAUGACAGCUUGCAAUUCCGACAGGAAAAUGCUCAAGCUCGAAGUUUUGGACCUAAGUCAUAACCACUUUGCCGCCAUUCCCGAGUGUUUGGAGUACACGGCGUUCCUCAAGAAACUCCACUUGGACUUCAAUGUAAUAUCGUCCAUCGGGUACAACGCUCUGAUGCACCUCACAUCGUUGGAGCACCUCGGACUACGCAAGAACAAAGUAAUGCUCAUCGACAAAAAGGCUUUCUUCGGACUGCAGAGCUUGCAAAUUUUAGACCUGUCCGGAAAUCUAAUCGGCCAUCUCCAUGCUGGUCAAUUUUCCGAUACGCCCAAGCUACGCGUCCUCAACCUCAGCGGUAACAGUCUAAGUUACCUGCCGAAGGACGUUUUCAGCAAUACGCUGGUCGAAAUGAUCGAUUUGAAUUACAAUUCGUUCUCGGUGGUUCCGAGUUUGAGUCUCGCGGACGUGGGCUUUACUCUGCGGCACCUCUCGAUGCGAUCCAAUAACCUGGAGCACAUAGAUAUAACAACGUUUCCGGACAUGCCGUAUUUGCACCACCUGGACUUGAGUGGAAAUAAGCUGACGAUUCUGCCGGACAACGUGUUUACGAGUCUCGGGCUUCUGCAAACUUUGGAUUUGAGUUCGAAUCCCUUGCGGGCUAACUUCAAGGAACUCUUCCACUACGCGCAAAGUUUAAAACACCUCAACUUAGCAGACACCGGGAUUACGUCUACUCCGCACUUUCCUCUGCCGAAUUUGGUCCAUUUGAACCUCUCGCAUAACCAUAUACAGGCAAUAAACAAAAACGCGGUUCAGGAACUGAACAAGCUCAAAGUUCUCGACUUGAGUCACUCCAGUCUCGCUUAUAUUCCGUCGCACCUCUGGAUACAUUUGCCGAAUUUGAAAAGUCUCGAUAUAUCGUAUAAUCCGAUAAAAGAAAUAACCGUCGAUAGCCUCCACGGACUGAAAAGCCUGCAGGUUUUAAACAUUCAACACUUAAAAAGGAUUUCCAAAUUCGAAAGCAAGGCACUUAUCCAAUUGAGGAUUCUGUCGGAACUCUCCAUGCAGACGUGGCCCAGCGUCGAGCAUUUCUACGACGAAUUCUGUUACCUGCUUUCGCACUUGAAUCAGCUACGAGUGCUCCGGGUGAUUUUCAUCGAGCAUAAGCUCGAAGAUCAGUUGUCGUGUUUGACCAAUCGAAAAAUCACGAAUAUACAGAUUACCGGGCGGAAUUUGAGAAUUGUCGAGAAGGACGCUUUCGCGAGAUUAGUGCGAAACCCUAGUUUAAGUAUAAAAAUAUCGGGGACUCAAUUGUCCGAAUUACCGAGCGGAUUGUUCUCGAAUAUGGACAAAAUUUCGUACCUAUCGAUAGAUUUAAGUUACAACAUGUUGAGUUCGUUAAAUCCGGAGACAUUUUAUGGCAAUUCAACAACGUGGGAUAACAUCGGAACUACGUUGAUCACUGGUGGUCUUCGUUUAGCUGGCAAUCGUUUUCGAUGCGGCUGUCAUCUCGCUUGGCUAGGCCAUUGGCUUCGCCGUUGGACCAGAGAAAGCCUUCAAGCUCACAACGUACCGGUGGAGCUCUCGUUAAAAGUGCACGAAGUGGCCAAAGAGGCCACAUGCUGGGACUCGAGUACGCAGCUGCACGUACCCAUAAUCAGACUGCCUCCCGUCGAUAUGAGUUGCCAAGCUAGUGCCCUAAGUAGUCGAGCUAGGGAUAGAUCCACCAGCGGGUUUAUGGUGAUAUUAUGUAUAGCUACGGUUAUAGUUUUCAGGUCGUGUUAGUGGCGCGAGUGCUAUAUAUAUAAACUCGAGUGCACAAACAAUGGGGGCUGAACAAUUUUGAUAUUAAGUUGUUUUUAUUUUUGGUAAGAUUCUGAUCCUGACAUGUAGAAGAGAAUGGGGCUAUCGGCAGGCAUGCUCAUGAUAGGAAGCGUAAAAAGGUAUAUUACCUAAAGGCUGUGUUGAAAAACUUAGUAGCUGUCACUCCGUACUUUUGUAUGUAAUCCUGGUUAAUUUCAUCAUUCAUCAAAUUUCGAUAUACUCUUACUAAGAUUUACAUUGGCAUAAGCUCUGUAACUUUUUUUCAGCAAAAUUUUAUUACAAUAAAACACACAAUUAAAGGAAGAAAAAAGGAUGAAAUCACAAUGUUUUAUUUAAUAAUUAAUUAAUAAUAAUUAAUUUUCCUUCUACUUCAGCCCAAAAAUGAAAACGCUAAAUAAGAUCAAAAGUUGUUAUCUUUUGGAAGUCGCCGAUUUUUGUGCACCUUCAUAUAGGUACGCAAUUUUAUUUUGGCGUUUCGAGUAUAUUUAUUUUUGAGAAAAGGUGGCGCUAGGUUGAAACCAGAAGUUGACCGGAACAGACUGACGGAUAUUUUUGGUAGAUAAAUGAAAUUUUCAAAAAUAAUAUUAAACACAAUAGAUGGUUUGUUAUUUUAGUUUACUAUGUAAAUCCGAAAAAUGAACACUAUGCAGACGUUAAAAUUCGCCGAUUUAAGACGACCUAGUAUUAUCCCAAAUUGGUUCAUUUAGUUUCACUUAGUGGAGGUUUUCUUACAUUUUAUAGAAACGUAAAUAUUAAUCGAUAGCUAUUUUUUAUAAUAUCCUUUAGACUUUAGACCUUUAUAGUAUAUAUCUAAAGAAGUGUCAAAUGUUUUCUGCCCAAGAAAAAAAUUAAUUAGUGGAAAACACUAAUGACUAAUAGUAAACCAAAGCAAAGUGUAGGCAUUCAGAUUUAUUUUUAAAACGUAUAAAACCAAAUUAAGAAGGGAACAAAAAUUAAGUAAAUGAAAAUACGGAGAUAGUUUAAUUUUGUAUGAUUAUAAAUUUAAAAUUCUCGUCAAUGAAAAGCUAUGAGUAUUGCCCAUUAAAAUAGACAGUGAAAAUAUGUAGAAUUUUUUUAGCAGAAGUUACGUACAAUUCCUAAACGAGCUUCAAAAUGUAAAAAGUACGAUGCUUAAAACAGCCUAUUUUAACCGUCAGCAGCUUAUAACAUAAAGUUGCAUACUGCACUGUAUUUUUCGGAUACGUUUUGUCAUUUCAGUUGCAGAAAUAUCCCUGCCAAACAGCAUCUGAAAUAUUUUUAUUUUGGUACCGGAUAAUUUCUUAUGGACAUAUUUUUUCGUUUUCAUGUUAAUUAAGCUUGUAUAAACAAAAUCGUUGAUUUUGUAAAUAUAUUGUAAUCAAAGUGACUAUUUUAUGUAAAUGUACAGUGAUGAAAAUCGAUUGUUCUGUCCACACAAAAACAAAUCAAAAAUGUAACAAUAUUUUUAUCAAAGUGUUGGGAUAAACAAUUUCAUACUCAAACAACGAUUUAUGAAUAUAAGAAACCCAAAAGAGUUUCUUCUCUCGAACAUUUCUUUGUUUAAAAAUUUAGUCUUCAGUUCAAAUAAUUAUUUUUUUAAAAGUUUGGAUCUUCUAGAUAUGUUAUCAAAAUCUGUUAAUAAUUAUGUAUUUAUAAUUCACUCUAUUAACGUGUAUUUUAGUUUUCCUACUCCCUUCUUUAAAAUUAUACACCGAUCUAGCGUGCGGAAAGCGUCACUUUACCACGUAAGUUUCUUGUCUGAUUCUUUCGGAGAUUUUACCACACGGUUUGAAUUUUGACGUUUGUCAAUUGUAGGGGUCUGUUUUCUACUUCCUUCGGACAUUUGCGGUAUAUUACGACACGGGUUUGGGAGCAAUCGGGUGUUUUCGGAGAUUUUACCACACGGCUUGAAUUUUGGCGUUUGUCAAUUUUAACGGUCAUGUCAGUGAAUAUAUCCGUGUUGUUUUGCAAAAAUGUACCCAAAAACUAAAAAAGUAUAGUACGCAACAGGUAUGGUAGACUUUUGCUGUUUAGCGCACGUAUUGAAAAAUAUAGUACUAAUAAAUUGUUGUUUGAAUAUCUAAUUGAACUGUCAAACUAUAUCGCCAUGGCGUGCGGGAAGCGUCAGUUUCGUUUCCCACGAAUCCGAGCCACUUCGGACAUUUCCGGGAUUUUACAGCACGCGUUUGGGAGCAGUCGGAUGUUUUCUGAGAUAUUUCUCACGUUUUGAAUUUUGACGUUUGUAAUUUCUGAACAGUCAUGUCAGUGAAUGUUUUCGUGUUUUGCGAAAAUAUGCCGAAAAAUUAACGGUCCUAGAAAAAGUAUAGUAUGCAACACGUUUGGUAAACUUUUUAAGUCAUUCGUUUAUUAAACACUCGCUCCGCUCGUGUCAAAUAAACUCGUGAGUCAAAUGCCGUUUACCGCACUUGUUGCAUAAUAUACUAUUUUCUUAUCGCAAUAAAAUACGGGGUAUUCCAUUUAAAAUUAAUUAUUUUGUAAACAUCCUAUACCAUAAUAUGAUAUAGCAUGCCUUUAUCGCCCUGUAAACCAAAUUUCAGAUUUUCAGAUUCAGAUUAAAAUGGUUGAAAAAAAAUUCUCUUUAUUUCCAAAUAAUCAUAAGAGAUGUCUUACACAGAAAGUUUCAGAUUUUUUCAUAAAAUCUAAAAAUGUAAUAACGGCACAUUCCAUUUAAAAAUGUCCCAAAUAUUUUUAAAAACAUCAUAGUUUUUAAAUAUCUAACUUCCAUUCUCCAUAUACAAUAGGUCGUCGAGUUUGGGGAACCCUGUAUGAAAAUAUAAUCUGAUAGACCUCCAUUAUCCACUUGUCUCUUCAAACAUCGUUUUUUAUGCUUCGGAUAAAAAAUGGCGAACAUUCUUACGAUUAUUUUAAUCCAUUUCCAGCAUUUAAUUUCCUGUGUUCCACCCAGUACAGUACAAAAAGCUUAGACACGCAAAGGUAAAAAAAGAGAAAAACGAAAUAACCAUUUUUCACAACUUGCCAAACACCGCACUCACGCGAAUU